AACUGCUUGUCGACGGCAUAGGUAGACCAUGUCUUCCACCGACGCAAUCAAAUCGAUCAUACCAGCCCCAGAAGGAUAUGUUGUAAACUUCGAGAAUCCACAGACACAAUAUGUGGUGGAGUCGUACACGGUGGUGGCAGUGGAAAUGACUUUAGCUUUUCUUUUCUUGGUCCAACGACUGUACACGAAGGUGGCCAUCAUGAAACAAUUUCAACCCGAGGAUGCGAUUGUCGUUGUUGCGUGGGUACUUUGUAUGGGUGCUCAGAUAUGCUUGCUCUUGGGCAUGACCGAUGGUGCAAUUGGGCGGCAUGCAUGGGAAAUCAGUAUCGACCAGUACACAUACUAUUCGAAGGUUAUCCUUGCCGCACCACUUCUCUAUGCUUUCGGCACCGCAUCAGCCAAAUGCUCCCUCGCAAUGUUCUAUCGAAGGCUGAAUCCAAACCGUAUAUUCCAGGCUUUCGUGUGGUUCACAUUGUUUGUAACCUUUGGGGCCUAUACUUCGAUUUUCUCCAGCCUUUUGUUCGCCUGCAAGCCGAUUGCCGCUAGCUGGGAUCCUUUGCUUCUGCCUACCGCCAUAUGCCUCAAUCGUGGCGGGAUCUAUAUCGCACAAGCUGUCAUUGGGAUCGUUACCGAUGUUAUGCUGCUUGUACUUCCCAUCCCCACAGUAUUGAAGCUGCAAAUGCCCAAUAAGCAGAAGAUUGGGCUGGUGGGUAUUUUCGGCGUAGGAUCAAUCACCAUCGCCACCUCCGUCGUGCGGUUGAUUAUAUUGUUGCCAGCCCUCACCACGCCUGAUCAGACCUGGGUCAUUGGACAAGGGUGCCUAUGGAUUUUCAUCGAAGCGAACCUUCUUAUCAUGUGCUGCUGUCUAUCUACCUUGCGUCGGUUCUUUAAGCAUUUCGCGCCGCAUCUCAUCGGAGAAUCAUCGUCAACCGGCAACAGCAAGUCAAACUCGCGUGGUUUCUCAAACAACAAAGCACAACGUACAUUUGGGAGUAGUGGUGCCAAACGCACCCUGGAUACAUUCAUGAACACAAACAACGAUAGCAAUGGAAUCCCGCUGUCAUCCUUUGACGACAUGGAUAAGAGUACCAAGACCACGGUGGUGAAAGCACAGAGGGCUCAUAGAGACAGUGAUAGCGAAGAGGCGAUCUUGUUCGAGAGAAGCGUGCAGGUUACAUAUGAAGAAGCUCGUCAGGAUCAGAAGAGUGACGUGCGGUCGCACAAGCCACAAGUGUGGACCGGGAACAGAUUAUAA